UUUUUCUGAUAAAAUUAUUAAAAUUAUAAUAAUUAUGCGUCGUAGCCACACACCACCAUCACCACCACCACCCCCAAUGUAUAUUAAAUAAAUCCAGCAUACAUGAAAAAGUACUCGAUCGAUUUCAAUUUGAAAUCAUCAAAAUGUUGCGGCGGAUGACGAUGACGAUGAUGUCGAGGAUCUCAUAAUGCCGACAAUCAAUUGGAAGAAAGAAGAAAAAAAAAUUCAAUCAUCUUCUUUUGUCUUGAUUAAGAAAGUAAUGUUUUGAUUUUGUGUUUUUUCUACAUUCUUUUUUUUGUGUGUGUUCGAAAGUUUAAUGUGUUCUUGCCAAACGAGGCUAUAUACCUCAUGUGUCUAUUUUGUGUUCCAUAAAAAAAAUGUGUGUGUGUGUGUGUCAACACCAAUCGUAUGUGUUCCAAAAAAAAAAAAAAUGUCUGGUCUCAUCAUUAUCAAAUUAUAUAAAAUCAACAUAAUUUUAUAAUCUCAUCAAUAAAAAAAAACCAAAACCAAAAAAAUAAAUAAAAAUGCCGGUCGGUAGUACAUCGGCCGAAGAUCUUGCAUCUUCGGAUGAGAUUAAAGUUUUUAAAUUUGAAGGUGAAGAUGAAAAACGUGCAUCAGCUGAUCUAACUGAUUUGAAAUCAAGUUUAAUCACCGAAAGUGAUCAGGAUAAAAAUUCAUUCACCGGAUCGAAUCGAAAAUCAAAUGUUAAUGGUGGUGGUGGUGGUGGUGGUGGUGAUGUUUCAAACGGUUCAACAACAUCAUCGAUUAAACAAUCAUCAAAAUCGUCACCUUCUUCAGCAUCAGUGGUAGCAGCAGCAGCAGCAGCGGCGGCUGCUGCUGCGGCGGCAUCAUCAUCAUCAUCAUCAACAUCGACAACAAUUCCAAAUGAUCCAAUAAAUAAUCGACAAAAUUUAACAAAUGGUGUUUUAGGUGAUAUCGGUAGUCUACAUUCAUCAUCAUCACCAAUCAAUCGUACAACAACAGAAUCAAAUUUCGGUGGAAAAUUUGAAUCACCAUUACAAUAUUCACCAUUUGGUUAUCCAGCAUUCGGUAAUCCACAUUCACCAUAUCAUCCACACAAUGGAACAGCAUUGGGUCAAAUGGCCAAUAAAAUGGCUUCAAUGGCUGCAGCCGCAUCACAUCAUCAUACGGCAACUGGUUCACCAUUGUCACCGUUUGCAACAAUGAUGCCACAUUCACAUCAUCCACAAAUAGAUGCCGCAUCAAGACAUUUACCGCAACCACCGCCAGCACAUAUGGGUAUUCCACCCGUACAUAUUGAAACAAAAGCGGUGAGCAUUUCCGCAUGGAUGGAUUUUGAUCUAUCCAAUAUUGCUAGAAAUCAUUCAUUAUAUAAUCUAUCUGGACAUGGACAAUAUUCUCAUUCAGUCCUAUCGGAUUUGACACAACAAUUACAAUGGCCAAAUCCCGCAAUGUAUCAGCUGCAAUCGGCUGCAUUUCGUAGUCCAUAUCCACUAAGUUCAGUUCCAUCGGCUACAUUUCCUGGUUUUGCCGUAAGAACACCACCAAUUAUGCCGCCACAUCCGGCUUCAUUGUCUGGUCAUCAUCAUCAUCAUCAUCCACAUCAUCCUCAUCAUCCAACAUUUCCACCACAUCCGAGCUUUUUACCAACAACAUCAAAUAAUAUCCAACCAAAUAAUGUGAAUACAAUGACAACAACAACAACAAACAAUGGUUCGACAAAUAAAUCCAAUCGUAGUAGUAGUAGUACUUUAUCAUUGGGAAAAAAUAAUGGUUUUCCAUUCUUCCAUGGAAUCAAUGGUAGUUCAUCAUCAUCAUCAUCAAUAUCACCAACAUUAGCCAAUAAUAACAAUAAUAAUAAUACGACGACCACCACUAAUAGAAUGUCUUCAUCAUCAUUAUCAUCAUCGACAUUAACUAAUGAAAAUAGUAGUGUUAAUCGAAGUCACAAUCGUCAUCAUAUCAAUAAUAAUAAUAAUAUGGAUAUGGAUAAUGGCCAUAAUUUUAAUAGUAAACUGUUGAAUACUGUUAGCCAACAACAAUGCAAUGUAAAUGGAAAUGGUUCCAAAUUAGUCAAUAAUAAUAAUCAUAAAAAUUCUCAAACAAAUAAUCAUUCAAUAUCAUCAUCAUCAUCAUCAUCAUUGAAUGGUGGUGGUGGUGGUCAAUCAUCAUUGCAACAACAGCUACAACAACAAAAACAACAACAAGAACAAGAAGAAAGAGAAAGAGAACAAAAAAUGCAUAUUAAAAAACCAUUGAAUGCAUUUAUGAUCUAUAUGAAAGAAAUGAGAGCCAAAGUUAUUGCUGAAUCAACAUUGAAAGAAAGUGCUGCAAUCAAUCAGAUUUUAGGCAAAAGGUGGCACGAUCUAGGCAGAGCUGAACAAGAAAAAUACUAUGAUAAAGCUCGACAAGAAAGAGAAUUACAUAUGGAAUUACAUCCAGGAUGGACAGCCAAAGAUAAUUAUGCAAUCAAUGGUAAACGAAAAAAGAAAAAACGUGAACGUAAUGCCGAUGGAGAACGUGGAGCAUUGAAAAAAUGUCGUGCACGAUAUGGUCUCGAUCAACAGAAUCAUUGGUGCAAACCAUGCAGGAGGAAAAAGAAAUGUAUACGAUAUCUGGAAGCAGCAAGAGCAGUGGCUGCUGCUGCUGCUGCUGUAGCUGCAGCAGCCAUCAAUGGCAAUACAUCUCGUUCAGAUACAAACGAAUCGGAUAAUUUCGGUAGUAUCAGUAGCGUUGAGGCACCAACGCCAGAAUCAAAAACAACCAAUGAAAGUGACCAUUUACCAUCACCAUUAUUCUAUCCAUCAUCUGCUCAUACACAUCAUAUGUAUCCGAAUUCCGUUGCAACAGUUACAUCAUCAUCAUUACCAUCACCAAUAGGAUCUCGAAUGUCAUCAUUAUUGACACCAAAUUCACCAUUAACAACAGCAUCAUCAUUCUCAUCAUCAUCAGGCAUUGGUAGUAGUUUAUCAUCUGCUUCAUCAACAACAUCAACAUCAUCAUUUUCAUCAUUAGUCACAUCAUCAUCGUCAUCAUCAUCGACAUCAUCUUCUGGAUCAUCAAAUGUACCACCAAGGAAUAGUCCAUUCAGUAUUGAACAAUUGGCACGGCCACAUUGUCCACAAAGUCGAUCAUCAAUAUCAUCAUAUAAUAAUAAUAAUAAUAAUAUCAAUGGAUUGAAUAGUAAAACUCAGAAUAAUAACCACAAUAAUAAUUCUGUUACAGUAGCCGUGAUUACACAGCUACCUACACCUCCAUCAUCAACAGAUUCUACUGCUGGAACACCAGCCAUGUUGUGGGUAGCAUAAAAAAUUCUGAAAAAAAUGGAAAAUUCAAUUCAAUUCAAACAAAAAAAAAUGAACAUACUAUCACUCACAAACAAAAUCCACAAAGCAAAUCAACCACCAGUGCUAUGUUUUCAUUGAUUUUUUUCACAAUUUGUUGUCAUUUUUUUCUGCAUUUCUGCAUUAAUAUUAUAUGUAUAAAAAUAUAAAUCUCCAAGAAGAAUAUGAUGAUGAUGAUGAUGAUACAAAUAAUUGUGGUAAAUUUUUUU